UUUUCAAAGUGCUCUGAUAAGACAGAGUUAACUAUGGCAAGGUAAAAAUAGACUACAGUGUAGCAUACAUUACUGACUGAACUCAGUGAUGUCCCGUAGCCUGAGAGCAGUCGUUUCAGAAAGACAACCUGUUUUGUUCAAGACGGCUGGAAUAUGUCAAAAGAGUGUUUCUUUGAACUGGCUGGUCUGGUGCUGUUAUUUCUGGCCUUGUUGAUCUCUGUGUCUUUCAAUAUCAUCUUAUGCAUCAGACGAAGAGCCUGUUUGUGCAGAGACAAAGAUGGCCGCUAUUGCCCAGACAUUUAUGAAGGAGAAGGCCCAUCACAGGAUGAAGGCCAUUACUUUCACGACCUCAAUCAUCAUGAGCAGCAGGAAAAUCCCCACAACCAUCAUGAGCAACAGGAAAAUCCAAUCUAUGGCAACAUCAGCACAGACAGAGAAGAGGUUUGCUACGAGAUGAUGACCAGGCAACACACAAGAGAGCGCUUGACGCCUUUAGAUCUUGACCUGAAUUAUGCCUCACUGGAUCUGAAGUUAGCACAAAAACGCAAGAGGAAGCAUCGCCAUCAGCAAGACCAGAGUCAGGCGCGAAACAACCGACAGGAUCAGCUGCCAGUUCAACUCACACCCCCGAGAAAUGCUCUCUUGGACGUGGAGGGAGACAUGGAUGCUCACCUUCCUUCCAGAGACACCAUCACCAUGGUCUCACACAGUAGCAUCUACCUGAACAGUCAACAGAUAGCCCAAGAGACGGAGGAGAUGGAGAGAGAAAGGAGCAUAAAUACGGAGAGGGAGAAUGCGGGAUGGGAAGGAUUAAGAGGGCAGGAGGAUGGGGGAACUAGAGAAUGGAAAGGAGAGCAAGAGAGCGAUGAAAGAGACGACAGACAAGGUGCCGGUAAUGGGACUGUAUGUACACAGCUUUCAAAGGUAGAGGCUACUCAGAGCAGCACAGAUCAUUUCAUCAGCAGCUUUACCCAUGACCAACAAGAUUAGACAAAGAUCAUAUUAAGACUUAUUGUUUCAAACUGUACAAAGCUUAAUUCUAUGCCAGCUGGAAAACCCAAUAAAGGCUAUAAUCUA